UCUGCUUCCUGUUGUUUGAGGGCGUAGACACUCCGCAGUUACGCCUGUUUAUACCCGCUAAUAACGUGGCGAUGAUCUGAGCGCUGUAACUCGGUGGAUCAUUUCUCAAAAGAGCGCCGCCAUUUUCACGCUUUCACCUUCUUUACUUAUUAAUUUACAGAGAGGAGAAGAGCGACAUGCAGUUUUCUCCGAGUAACGGAGAUUUUACCUUCGUCUCUUCCACUGGGGCUGAAGAGCUGAGUGGGACGAUCGAUGCCCCGGACAUUAAGCUGAACAUGGGCAGUGAUCAGAGCCGAGACGCUUACGCGGCUAACUUCCUGCGUCAGAGAGGAUACGGGUGGCUGCUGGAGGUGGAGGAAGACGAGGUUGAGGAGACCAAACCUUUACUUGAGGAGCUGGACAUUGACCUGAAGGACAUCUAUUAUAAGGUCCGGUGUGUGUUGAUGCCCAUGCCGUCUCUGGGCUUUAACAGACAGGUGGUGAGAGAUAAUCCAGACUUCUGGGGGCCGCUGGCCGUGGUGCUGCUUUUCUCCAUGAUCUCCAUCUAUGGACAGUUUCGUGUUGUGUCUUGGAUAAUAACUAUUUGGAUAAUCGGAUCGUUGACGAUCUUCCUGCUGGCUCGAGUGCUCGGGGGAGAGGUUUCGUAUGGUCAGGUGCUGGGUGUGAUUGGAUACUCGCUGCUUCCUCUCAUCGUCAUCGCUCCCUUACUGCUGUUCACUGGAGCCUUCGAGAUCGUCUCCACACUCGUAAAGUUGUGUGGUGUGUUCUGGGCGGCGUAUAGUGCUGCAUCGCUGCUCGUCAGUGACGAGUUCAAAACGAAGAAGCCUCUUCUCAUCUACCCCAUCUUCCUGCUGUACAUCUACUUCCUGUCCCUGUACACCGGCGUCUGAUCAGCUCAUAGUCUUUAGCGACACUUUGCUCGGACAUUGACUCGGACGGACAGUACGGAGACGAGGACGGGGGACGAGUCUCAUCUCCACUCACACCACCGAGCACAGACUUUCAUUUUUAUUUUUCUCCUUUUCAGUGUACAGAGUUACUAUAUUUAAUUUAACAGAUUCACUUUAGCUUUGAUUGAACACACAGGCUCCUCUUGGGUUCCUCUUGGGUUCCUCCUGGGUUCUACAGCAGAGAAGACUGUCAUUUAUUUCUGUCGUUCAUUGAACACAGGCAGAAACGUUUAUUUCUGAUGUAAUGAGGUUUCAGGGAGUGUUUCUUGACUGUAAAGAGGAAAAAUAUUUCAUUUACAGCUCCAUCACGCUUCUGCUGGUUUGUGUUUUGUAUAAGUGUGUGUGCGUGUGCGCGUGCGUGCGUGCGUGUGUGUGUGUGUGAAGGAAGUGUGCCUUUCAGAGGGUUUUAUAUACUCUAUUUUAUCCAACUGUAACGUAGCCAAACCCUGUGAUUUAUAACACGAGUCUGUAUAAUAACCGCCUGAUAUUCAGCGUUUUCACAGCAGGAUUUUCUCUUUAAAUAAUCCACAGCAUUGUGAUGUUGAUGUACAGCUCAUUAUUACCAUUAAAACACUCGUCUCAUCAUUCA